AUGACCAGUUUAGUUAAGCCAGAUGAUCCAAUCGAUCCUGAAGGUGCCGCUGAAAAUCCGGCUAAAUCAUGCAAAGCACGUGGAGCAUAUUUGCGUGUUCAUUUCAAAAACACGCGUGAAACGGCUCAUGCUAUUAAAAAAAUGUCGCUACGUCGUGCUAUGCGUUAUUUGAAAAAUGUCGUUGUACAAAAAGAAAUUGUACCAUUUAGGCGUUACAAUGGCGGUGUUGGGCGUAAAGCACAAGCAAAACAAUUCAAAACAUCUCAAGGUCGUUGGCCAAAAAAAUCAUGUGAAAUAUUAUUACAAUUAUUGAAAAACGCUGAAAGUAAUGCCGAAGUCAAAGGUUUAGACGUUGAUCAUCUUGUUGUUGAACAUAUACAAGUAAAUCGUGCACCAAAAAUACGUCGUCGUACAUAUCGUGCACAUGGUCGUAUCAAUCCGUAUCAAUCAAGUCCGUGUCAUGUUGAAUUAAUUUUAAGUGAAAAAGAAAAUAUUAUGUCACAUACAACAGAAGAUGAUCAACCACAAAAGAAAAAAGAAUCGAAAAAGAAACUUAAACGACAAAAAAUGAUGGCCAAAGAAUAA